AUGGUUCGAGGUCAUAAUUUAUCUAUUGAUACAGUUGCUGCUUCACGUGGACAAAGAACUACGUCAAAAUCCUCCCUGGAUAACAACGAGAAUAAUUCAAGCUUCGACGAUGAUGACUAUUUGACUUCUUCGCCUUCAAUUAUUGAAGAAGAAAUUGACUUUUCUCUAGUUUAUGCUUUACAUUCCUUUCAAGCAACGGUCGAGGGUCAAGCUACCGUUAUGAAAGGUGACUCAUUAAGUUUGUUUGAUGAUUCAAAUAGUUAUUGGUGGCUAGUUAAGGUUUUGCCGAGUGAUGAAAUUGGAUAUAUACCUGCUGAAACUAUUGAGACACCAUACGAAAGAUUAGCAAGAUUAAAUAAACACCGAAAUAUUAGUAUAACAUCCGCACACAGCGUUGUUGAAUCAGAUAACUCACUUCCUAAACAAAUUCCAACAGAACAAUCAGUCGUACAGCAUGAAAAAAUAGAUGAUGAUGUACAAUUAGUAAAUGAACCGGAAGAAAUAAAAUAUGCUGAUAAGCAAGUAAUAAAUCCUGAAAGUGAUCAAGAUAAUCUUAGAGGAUCUAGAGGAUCUGAUAAUUCUGUUAAAGUAACAGAAAGUGAAAUCGUUGAAUUAGAUGUUAAAAGAACGAGUGAUCAACAAUAUGAAAAAGAAAUAAAUCAGCAGCAUAGACAAGAGAAUAAUCAACAAUAUAGGCAAGAGAAUAAACAACAAUAUAGCCAAGAGAAGAAUCAACAAUAUAGGCACCAAUCACAACAAAGCGAUGAUAUAAGACAGUCAUCACAACGAUCGCAAUCAUACCAAAUGAAAAAGCAAACUGGACAAUUAGAAAAUAAUUUGACAUACGAUAAAUCUGCACAUAAAAUACAAGAUGCUAUAAAUAAUAAAAAUGAAACAAUUAAAAUGUCACUGACUCCAGCUUUAGGUAGUGAUUUCAUUGAUUUCUCGGAUGAUGAAGAUGAAGGAAAUAAAAUGAAGACAAGACCUGGUGGAUCUUUCGAGAAAACGGGUAGUAAUAGUGAGCCUACAAAAGUUAAUAUAGCUUCAAGUGAACCUAUUAAAAAUGUGGAAGUAUCAGAUGAUAAAAAAUCUGGAAAACCGAAGAAAGAAGAGAAAAAGAAAGAGAGUGGCGGUAUAUUCAGAAACCUCUUUAAAAGGAAAUCAAAGAAAAAAGAGGAAGAACCUGUCAAACAGGUUUCUUCCGCGCCAUUCCCACAAAAUAAUUCCAAAGUUCAACGUCCGGGCCCCUUGACAAAUCAGCAACAACAAUCUCCGCAACUUGGUUCUUCACAAAAUCGAUCAUCUCCACAGAUUGGAUCUCUAACAAAUCGGCCACAACAUCAGCAAGCACAACGUGCAUCAAACAGAGAACAUCCAAAAGUUCAACAAGUAUCUGUUAGUGAGCCUCCAAUUCAAGUAAUUCAACGUGAUUCUGGCCCAAUUCAGCAAGAGAUCUUACAAGCCCCUGCACAAGAUGCAGUUCAAUCAAUAAAAUUAAAAAAUUCACCAUCUCCCAUAAGAGUUGUUCAACAUGCUCCAUCUGAGAGAUCAAUUACUCCUUUGACCCCUCUUACUCCUUUUUACAAUGUAAUUCGAAUAUUUGCUGGUCAAAAUAUUUCAUCAAAUGAAGAAUCAAAACUAUUUUUAUUAAGUCCAACUACAAUCACCUCUACACUCAUUAAGCAAGCAUUGCACCGAUUCAAAUUAGAUGAUGUAGAAGAGUGGGAAAAUUAUUAUAUAACGAUUAAAGAAGCUAAUAGAGACCAAAUUCAUUUAAUGUCUGACGAUUUACCACUUGAAGCCUUUCAUUCAUUGACAUCUCAUAACCCUGUGACAUUACCUUCGAUCAGGAGGAAUUCUGUUGAAUCUAUUUCUUCAACUACUUCAAGUUUAUCUGAUAUUGAUGAGAUCAAAAAAUUAGGAUUACAGAAUGAAAAGGGUGCUGUUACUUUCUUUUUAAAUAGACGUUCAAAAAGAAACAGUCGAUCUUCAGAAGAAAGAAAAUUACGUGUACGGGUGUUGGUUUAUAAUGAUGAUUUACCUAUUAAUUUAAGGAGCAACAAGCCACAUAUACCAAGAACUUCUAUGUCUGUUCCUAAACAUCUUGCAGAAAAGGCUGCAAGAAGACGUUCAAGAGAGGAAGGUAAACCUAAAGAAAAGAUUGCUGUAGUUUCUGGACUUGCAACUGUUAGGCAAGUUAUAGAAAAAGCUAUGGAAAAAUUUGAAAUUACUGAUGGAAUUGUUGAUGAUGGUAAAAGUAUAUCGGAUAAUGAUGAAAAGCCACGAUAUCAAUUAAUGGUUAUUGUUGACGGAGAAGAAAAACCCCUUCCCUCCGAACUAAAUGUAAUUUCGGUUUAUCCAACGGCACCAAAGCUCCAUCAUGUAUCAGUAGAUUCUAUAGACUCAUCAUCAUCUUUGGUAUUGGACUAUCGACCAGACGAACCAAUGUUCGUUCUAAGACUUUUGCGACCUGAGGAUCUUCAAGCACGUGCAAUGCCUGUGAUUUCUAAUAUUGAUCACAAAAUUCGAACACAAUCACGUAAUUUGAAUAAACAAGAUGAACAGAAAACUAAUAAUAAUAUAAAUACACGUAAACAGCUUAUCGAACAGCAACGUGAAUAUAGCCGUGAAAAGCAAAAAUCUAUUCUUUCUGCACAUAAAAAUACAUCACAGGGUAUUGAUAUUGUUACGAAAACUGGAGCAAUUCGAAGUUCUCGAAUUUUUGGCAACAAAGUUCGAUAUUCUUUUAUUCCAACAAAAGGAAAAGAAUUUGACAUUAGUGACCUUGUUGAAGAUAUUUGGGGUGAUGAUGAUGAUGAAACACUAAAUUCAGAUGAACAUAGUGACUCAUCCUUCAAUGAUUCUUACGAUGACAGACGAAACAGUAAGAAAAAGGAAUUUCGUAAAAGCACAACACAGGAUGUUGACAUUUUAGUUAAGAUGAUAAAUCAAGCGCAUAACAAUAGUGGAAAUGUUGUAAAAUCUUUUGAGGAAAGAAUUGAACGUGUAUUGCAACAAGUUGAUCGAUAUGGUAAUGGUACAAUGUCAAAUCUUGCAACUACUUUACGUGAAACACGAGAACAAUCAUCCCAACAAAAUUCAAUUAUUAACCAUUCACAAAAAGAUGCACCACAAAAAGAUGCACCAAUACUUAAUGAACGUUCUAAUAGUCUAUCAAGUGGUUGGUCUGUUCAAUCACCAACACGUUCUACCGCCACUACCGAUGAUUUCAGUAAUGAUUUUGAUGAUGAAGACAACGAUUCAGUAUCUGAAUUGUACUCUUCAAGAUUUAAAAAUUUACCAUCAUUAACAAUAGAAAGAUCACAAUCUCUAGAGUCUCUUUCCCUAGUACCUCAAAAGCCUAGACAACGAUCAAUCUCUUCCGCAUCAAACAAUUCCAUAAACACUAACACUACCAUAGAUUCAAUAACACCAGGAAAUCAACAUUCGUUAUUUAGAAAAUUAUCUACUGCUUCUUCAUUUACAGAUAGUGAUUGGAUAUUAACUGAUGACUUUGGGUUACAAGAACUAUUAAUACUUGUCAGAUCCGGAGUAAAUAUGUUAGAAUUAAAAGAAAGGAGAAGAAGUGGAUGGCAAAUACACGAAGAUCCUGAAAAAAUACUAAAUACACUUAAACUCACGGAUAUUAGAAAUGAUAUUAAGAACAUUUUUGAUAAUGUUAACAACGAAUUAGAUCAUUUAGAACAAGAACUCGAUAAACUUAUGGAUGAUGCUAUAAAGAUUUUCUAG